UGUCUGUGUAAAAUGGUGGACCACUCAAUAACUACGUUACUUGGCCAAAAGGUAGCAUAAUUGAAAAGGCAUAGCCAAAAACCUCAAUAUGAACGACUGUAAAAGCCCAUAAAGACAAAACUUGUGAUCUAAGAUUUUGCCGCCCUGUAAAAUGGAAACUAUGCAAAAAUCUUGCCAAUACAACACUCCAUGAACAUAUUCCUUAUCUAUUUUGCUCUCCACACCACCUUAUAUAAAUAUCAAUGGCCGAAGCAAUUCAAAACCAUUCAUCUCUAAAAUCAUCAAGUUACAAGCAGACUAAUCAGUCAUAUUUCAAACUGUUGCUGCAACAGUUUUAAUGGCGGAUGGAAGCAGGAACAGAGCAUCUCAGCAUCGUUCUCAGUUUGCAGAGAUUUUUGAAAAGCAUACAAUCAAGAAGAAGAUCAGAGCCCAAGUAAUAAUAACAUGGCUCUGUGUUUUAGUUUUGGGUUUGGUGAUCUUUGGAGGCAUUGUGGUGUUGUUAACAUGGAUUGCCCUUCAACCCCACAAGCCAAAAUACUCUGUAGAUUAUGCUUCUCUCUCCAACCUCAGCAUUUCACAUAAUGUACUGAAUAUAAGGAUGAGCUUCAACUUCACAGCCCACAACCCAAAUGACUGCAUUGGGAUAUACUAUGAGAAGAUGGAGGGUUAUGCUUAUUAUGGGUAUCAGAGGAUUGCAGGGGCUUACAUUGCACCAUUUUAUCAGGGGUUCAAGAAUACUACCAUUCUGAGGCCUAUUUUGACUGUGCAUUCUUUUGUGUUGGAGGAGGAUGUUGCAAGAGAUUUGGCAUUGGAGAAUUUCUUUGGAGGUGUGGAGUUGAGGCUAAAAUUGUUUGCUAGGGUUAGAUUCAGAGUGGGCAGUUGGAAGUCUGGUCAUUAUAAUAUGAAAGUCAGUUGUCAUGUGAAGGUUCAGAUGAAUGGUGGGUCUGGUUCAUUUAAGCCUAAAAGAUGUAGGGUAUACUUCUGAUGGAGUAGGAUUUUUAUGUAAAUUACAGACCAUUUGUUUUGUUACAUAUUGUAGAUAGACAACAGGAAAAAGAAUUUUGCAGCUAUUAUUAUAAUGUAAUGUUUUUCUU